AAGUUUAUUUCUUUUUUUGUCUAAAUUAAGUGAUUUUUACAUCGCACUUCUUUUCUCUUUUGAUUGUGUUAGACUAAAUAAUAUUCAGAACAAACUAAGAUUUGCUUUUUCGAAAUUGCGGUUAGUAAUUUUAUGCGUUUGCAUUCAAAACUGUUCAAGGAAGCCGCUACCUUGACGACGUGCUAACGAAGAGCUUUUCUUUCCGAAUUACUUCUGGUGAAUGCGCUUUUUGUAUGCAUUCAUCUAAGCAAAGGAUUAAAAGGAAAUGUCUAAUUGAAACAUGAAUAUUAAUAGUGUUGGGCAUUGUUCUUUUUAUGCAUAAUUUGGUUGCGAAGCAAGGUCGAGGAAGUUAGUUGUCAUUAACAAAUUAAACGCGCCAUUUCGAAUCACAUCUUAAAAACGCUCCCCUCGAACGGGAAUAAAGUUGUGCGAACGAAUGCGCAGUGGACGUUUAUUUGCUCAACUCUGUGUGCGGAGAAAGAUCGAGGAAACAAGGAAUAAAUCAGAAAACCGUGAGUAAUUUUAUAUUAUUCAAUUAUUGAUGCUUCAACAGAACAGUUUAUUUCAAGAUCACAAGUUAUAGAACCGAGCUUGACACAAUCAGAUAUUACAUGUAAGCAUUAAUAUUUAUCGAAAACAUUCGAGAGCAGAUCAAUAAAACAUUCAAAUUUGUUCGAUACAAACCUUGCCUUAGACGUUCCAAAAACUGUAGUCAAUGUUGUCUGCUUAUUCUAAUACUGUGUUGUUAUACACGCUAACACACGCUAAAAUUAUGGACUAGAUUGUCAGAUAAUGCCAAUACACAUAUAUACACGCGUACGCAUGGUAUAAGCUUAACUUCAUCAAUAUUUUGUUGAAUGUUAUUUGCAAAGGAAAUGUAUGCUUGAGCACAAGGAGACAAGCUUAUAUUUAAUCAUAAUUUCAUUAUUUAAAAUGUAGUCUAAGUACAUUGUACCUGCAGUAUUGUUAUCACAAUAUAAUACUGUGUUAGUAUCUUUGCCCAUGAUAGUGUAGAAAUAUAUGUCAAAAUUUUUAGAUUAAGUUCUGUAUGGAUUUACAUUUGUUUACAUUUUGAAGAGUUAUUAUUUUACUCUUGAAAUCUUUGAAAUUUUGACUGUAUUCUUGAAACAUUUAAGUUUUCUUCCAGCUUUUUGGCUUCAAGCAAUUGCUUUUAUACAAAAGAUUGCACCAAUAUUUUUUUCUCGUGCAAAUCACAAAUUUAAUAGCAAUUUAAGAAGUCUAACUCUUCAAUCGAGAAUCGACUGAGGUUGUGAGUGCAGACGGAACGCAGUGAGGUCUGUACACCGAGGUGAAGAUUCUCCCAUAUAUGGCACAAACAGGAACAACUUAAUUCGUUUUAAUGCGACUAGUUUGUAGUAACUGACAUUUUGCUUGCGAACGGCGAUGAACUGAACUUAAUUCUGCCAAAGUUUGCUCGCCCUCUUUACAUUUUUUCUUAUCAGGCUUUUUGGCACUUCCAUAAAUAAAUAUUGGUAGAAGAAAAUACUCAAUAUUUUUGCACUUUAGUUUGCAACUUUUUCACUACAAAACAUCAUCGGUCUAGAUGCCGGUCUAGAUGGAAAAAUCUAGACCACUUUCAAUCUCGUUCAGCCAGUCAAACUUGUGAAUUCAGUAGUUCCCAGUCCUUGUGAGACGCAGCCAUAUAAUAAUAAUUUUUUUGCCAUGUUUAGUUAUCAAAUUAUAGGACCCUUAUCCAAAAUAGCAUGGAUGAAACUAGACAUUACUACAAUGAACCAGCUGACUGAGCCUUGCAGGACUGUUGAUGAGCUGUCUAUUGGAGAUCUGGAGAGUGACUAUGAUGAUGAUGACCGGCGUGAUUUGAUCAGUCACUAUGCAACUGACAAAUACCUCAGUAAAUGGGAACUGGAUGAAGAAGAUGACGAGGUGGAACAGCAAGAAAAGUUGGAUAAUGAACUGCCAAGUAGGGAAUCAGAGGAAAAACACCCUGGCAAGAGAAAAAUCAUUCGCCAUUUGGUGGCAACCCUUGACUGUGACGACAUGUCACUGGUGUCAUACAACAGCGUCAGGGACUGUAACCCAUCUGCCACACCGAAGACAGAGCCAUCACCACCAGACCAUUACCAACUAGGACUCCUGCCUCAGGCUACGGGUGAAGACUUAAAGAUUUGGCAAGGGUAUGGAGGCAACAUAUACUUUGAUGCUGUUCGAUGUAAGUCAAUGCGAAUCAACAGUUCCAAGUCAGGGAAGUCCAGAAAAGAGGGUGUUACCAAAAGAUGGAAAUCCAAGUCUUGUAAUCCUUUGAACAGGAGAGAUGAACGCCAAUCCCAUUUGUCGAGUGUAUCCAGCUCACCCAAGGAAAUAUCUGAGGCUUCAAUUCACAGUCUGGGCAGCCUGCGAAUGCGGUCUGCAUGCAAGGAUAAAAAAUGUAAGACAGCCACGUGCAGACAUAAUGAAUCGCCUAAACAACUUCCAGGAAAGAUCUGUAAGGGUUUCAGUGAGAAAAUGCUAAAAGAAACGUUUCAGCGUCUUCAGGAGAAUGGUGACUACAGAUUCACUAAAGAGCCUUUAGCAGUAUCCGGAGGGCAAGUGGUAGAUUCAUUCAUUGAUCCCAUCGACAAAGUGCGACAUUUUAACACUCAGUGCAAGGGAAGAGACUUCACUUUGAAUUUGCAAAAUGGCUUUCCUACGCUGCUGACAGCCGACAGUUCAUUCUUUUCGCAUGGUGACUACAGAACCUCAGCUGCUGUUACUGUCACUGGUAACACUGAUCCUUUUAUUAAGCUUCCUGUUCUUGGGAGAUCUGACGCGAAGCACAAGACAAGCAAGGCUGGCAAGGAAAUUUCAGGUGAAAAUAGCAAGCAAGAGCCUAGGCCAGUGUUUAUAAUUCCAUUUGGUGCAUUUGAUGAUCCUGUGGAUGGUGAAUCUGAUUCCAAAAGAAAGGCUGAGAAGAAAGAGAAACCAUCGACUAAAAGCCCUGAAGAUGGAAUCAAGACAACAACGAGCACCACGAAAGACGCUGAUAAACCACCAGAAGAACUCCAAAACAACUCUGGCGUAAAAGAUGAUGGUUUAGAAAACGUUUUGAAAGAAGAAGACAGUGAACGUUGCGUAACACAUCCAUCAGAUGAAAAGGGUCGUGAAAAGUCCCCAGGUAGUUGUUCCACAGUGCGACAAGGCCUUCCUGAUUUUCAUUUAAAGAGAGAAAUCAGUAACCUCUCUCUUAGUAAUUACCUGAGGGCAGUCCCCACACGAGGAGCAAAGGAACAACCCAGUCUGACCUCUCCCAGGUCAUCAGCUGUGGUGCCAAAGAUGAGCUAUACCAACAGAUCAAGGGCCCUACCAACAUUUUACAUGGUGAACAAUUCUGUACAUCAAGGACAUCAGUCGGGCUGCAACCCUCAAAGAUUGAGUGGGUCUCAUGUCUACGGUGGGUAUUUCCCGACGACUGGCUCAAAAGAAUCCAAAUUAUUUUACGCGGAAAUAAGCUCCAUUUCAGAGCAAAACACUUUGAAUGGUGAUGACACUUUUCGAGAAUUAUCAAGAACCUCAAGAAGCUCCAACCCUAAGAAAGCUUAUUCAAACAAACAGAUUCCCAAGCAGAGCUUUGUCAAGGCGAGUUACGUGUCAAGGAAGUCAUUUUCACGGCAGAGUGUCAUUCGAUCUCCAAGGGCCGGUAAUGAUGCACUAAGAAACUCUGACAAGAACCUUCUUCAUGUCCCAGUGACUGGUCAACAAUUUUCUACGUUAAAUGGAAUUCAUGAUAGAUGAUAAUUAUUAUUAUCAUUAUUAUUAUUAUUAUUAUUAUUAUUAUAGAAUGUUUUGAACAUCA